AUGAGUUCAGCGUAUUUGCAGUACAAUCCGUCAGUGAUGUACGGAGGGGGAGGCAUGGAGUCGUCCUAUAAUCACUACGGAAUGACAGCCAGUUCGCAGUGCUACGGGUACGCAACGGAUGGGGCUUCCUCGGAAGGUUACCACAGUCCAGGACCGGAGCUGAGUCCAGAAUCCUACUAUGCAUCCCCCGACGAAAGUAGUCCGGCUAGUUACAAUUACGGCUACAAUGGAUCUGCCUCAACGACUAACGGUUUCGUUGAUCCGUACUACAGUUAUACGAGCAACAAUUUCAAAACGGCAAGUCCAACAAUCCCAAAGUUGAUCCCGGAUAGUUUUGCCACGAUUAACAGUAACCUCGCGAGGUACUCCACCGAUUCCAAGUCGGACAAGGUACCCUGCUUCGAACGGAUCUACAGUCCUUAUCCGAUACCAUCGAGAAGCCUGGCACCUACCACGUUGCAGUCCAGUUCACCGACCCCGAGCAUUCUCAGCACCAGUAGCAGUAGUGGAUCGUUUUGUCCUUCGUCGAUUGCGGGUGGAUGCCUCCAGCCGGAGGUUGUGAAAAAACGCCGUCUGGCUGCGAAUGCACGCGAGCGAAGGCGCAUGAACAGCCUGAACGAUGCCUUCGAUCGCCUCCGGGAUGUGGUUCCUUCGCUGGGCAACGAUCGGAAGCUAUCCAAAUUCGAAACGCUACAGAUGGCUCAGACGUACAUUGCCGCACUGAACGAGCUUCUGUCGAGGAACUGA